GAAGUAGUGCACAGUUAAUAUGACGUGACCGCCCCAUAUUUGGAGUCUUGCGGCGCUGCUGCUGGUACGGCCACUUCUUGUUUUUUUUCUCAAUAAGGUGCCUUUGUUUUUGGUGCCUUGGUGCCUUGGUGCCCUGGUACUUGGGUGCCUGGGGUCACAUUUGUUAGUGUGUGUGUGAUGUACCCAACUCUCCAAGCUUCCCACUCUUUACCAUGGAUCUUGACUCAGGUGGCAGCCAAGUGUGGUGUUUCUGACAGACAGCAGCUUCCUGAUACCAUCCAGCACUUCCUCACCCACGACCUUCCUACUGCUUCAGGUCUGCUCUGCACCACACAUCCCACCACCCAACUUCACCCUGCUCUCCUGCACCACCCUCCAGAUUUUGAGUGGCAAAACUGUGUGGGAGCUCAACGUGCUGCAACAUUGAUCUCCUCUGAAAACCCAGUCGCCCACAAUAGUACAAAUUCUGGUGCAUAUAGUGCAGGCAGUGGAAGUGGAGGUGGUGUUUUCUGUGGGAUAGUGGGUUCUGGUAGAAUUGAGGGCAUCCAUCAAGAGUUGAGGGAUUCCAGUAGUGAAGAAAUUGUUCUCCCUGACCUAAGUUGCCCACCUCCAGGUCACGGGAACAAGGCUCACUUUUUGCUUGGAGCCCCAACCAGAAUGGUGUCAUCUCCUACUGGGAAGCCAACUAUUACUGUUAUUGGAGGAGACAAGAACAACAAUAACAAUAAUAGCAACAGCAGCAGUUACAUCACUAAAGGCAAGAACUCAAGCAAAGUUGGUUCUAAUAUCCACCUUAACAUCAGCCACAACAAUAGUACCAGUAACAAUCUCAAGAACAAGUGUACAGGCACAAAUAGGCCGCCAGAGCUAGACAGUGGUACUGAUAUCAGUGAGGGUGAGCAGCUCACCCAACCCAUCUUAAAGUAUGAGGUCGAGCUCCGUGUGCCAUUGGUUACAGGGGAGGAUGUUAGACACCCAAGACCUAAGCAAUCAAAUCCCAGCAAAGCAGUUGAUGCUAAGGAGGUGGAGAAACUACUGCAAAAUGCCCUCUGGAAGAGCACCCAACAAGAAGAGAAGAAGAGCGUGGACAUUGUGGAGGCCACCAGUAGUGGAGGAUGUGACACGGGCUACUCAUCUCGCUGCUCCACCCCUCCAGGAAAUUUGAGUCUGCCUGCUGAUAGUCCAUCAGACACAGCAAAUGCUAAGCAUGGCACUGGUACAUUGGAGCAACAGAGCCACUCUACCAGCUCCUACAGUAGUGCUUCUCAAGGUUCAUACCGGCAUCCUCGCCAAAAACGCAGACACAAUAGUAAUGGCAACUUCAACAACCAUGGCAGCAGUAGCAGUAACAGCAGUAUUGCUGAUCAUCAGGAGUUUCCCAAGAACCACCACCAGCAGUACAAUCAUCUUAAUCAUCCUAAUCACCCAGUCAGACCCAUACACAACAACCAAUAUCAUCAAUAUCAUCCUCACAAUCAGGCCAGUGGUGGGGGCUUUGGGGGCAACCAAUACUAUAGUCAUCACUACCCGAACAACUUUGUGAUGAGGGACUGUCCCACAUACCAGAAUCGGAGAUAUGACAGAAACUACAAUAAUUAUGGACACUACAAUCAUUACAGCCGUGAUUAUAAUUAUCAUAUUAUGGGAGGGGAGCCACCACAUUAUGGGAGGUACAACCAAGGCCGGGGUUACCACAACAGGUACCACAAUGACCACCAAAACCAUGGAUACACACAAAGAAAUGAGCCAGUAUGGGACAGGAGUGCACCUUUUGUGGACCGUGCUGGAACCUUUAGCUGUGAGGUGAAGGGAGAUCAGCGGUGGAAAUGUGAGGUUGUGGAUGCGCCCAGCCAGCUACUGACUGGCUGUGAAUGGGAUGGCCUUUCGAAACAGAUUUGGGACUUCUUUAAGCAGCAUCAACAAACCAAUAAGACUUUCAGUCAGAAGAUGAAGUUAAAGGAGAAAGUCCUGAGGGCUAUACGGAAUGUGCAUUGGGUCCAGGCUGUAAUUCCACACUGCCGACUUUAUGUUGUGGGUUCUUCUCUGAGUGGGUUUGGGGCUGACUGGAGUGAUGUGGACAUGUGCCUGAUGGUGUCAUGCCGAGACCUGGAUCAGCGCUCAGAGGCAACUACCAUCCUCCGUAUUCUACACCGUGAACUUUAUAACUGUCCAUUUAUUGAGAAGAUGGAGCUGAUCCGAGCAAAGGUACCAAUCCUUAAGUUCAGAGAUGCCCAAACUCAGGUAGAUGUGGAUCUCAACUGCAACAAUGCUGUAGGGAUCCGCAACACUCAUCUUCUUAAUUCCUACUCUCAGUUGGAUUGGCGAGUGCGGCCACUGGUUCUGGUGGUGAAGCUUUGGGCCCAGCACCACAACAUCAACAAUGCCAAGAACAUGACCAUCUCCUCCUACUCUCUAGUCCUCAUGGUCAUUCACUACCUCCAGAAGGGUGUGGAGCCUCCAGUGCUGCCAUGUCUUCAGAAGAUCUUCCCCGAGAAGUUCCGUGCCCAUGGUCCAGUUACAAACAUCAGUGUUACAGAGAAGAUGCCUACAUUCACAUCAAAGAACACCUUCAGUAUUGGAAAGUUGUUCCAUGGGUUUUUGGACCACUAUGCCAACAAAUUUAAAUUCAUUGAGGAGACAAUCUCAGUACGGACAGGAGGAACAGUACCCACUGCUCACUGCCGCUCGGUCCCAUCUAGCAAGAAUGAUUCUCGAAUGUGGAAAUACCUUUGUAUUGAAGAACCAUUUGAUCUGACAAACACUGCUCGAUCUGUGUAUGAUGAGGAAGUGUUUAAGAGAGUGCGGAAAGUGUUCCUGGACUCCUACAAACUUCUAGACGAAAAGAGAGACCUGUCUGCCAUCUUGGGUGAGACAAAACUUUGAGAUUAAGGAAGCAGGUUAUCUCUCAUGGCAUCAUGCACAGGUAUGGCUGCUGUAUAUCAGUUUUCUAGCAUCAAAGUUAUGAUCCACCAGAACAAUGGCACUGACCUAAUUUGCUGAGUGGGAGUGUGAUGGUGGAAGGCAUUAUGAAGGAUUCAGAAUGGGACCAGUUUUUUAUUGUUUUUUAUUUGUUAUUUAUUUAUUUUUUUUUUUUAUUAUUAAAUGUGUAUGUGUACUGAGAUGCAUGUAGGUAAUGUGUUCCAAAAGACAAUACUAAACAGACUAAUAGGGUUUGAGGCUUCAUGCAUCAUUGUUGCCUGAGGUAUACCUCUGUCCAGAACAGUCAGUUGUGCAUAAGUCAAGUUGAUUUAAAGGAAUAAGUCAACUUGUUCCCAUAUUUUUCUCAUUUAAUGUGGUAUCUAAAUAUAAAUCAAGUUAGCAGCAUUAUGGUAUAAAUACUGAAUAGUUUUGUGAAAAUGGUGACUUGAUAUUUUAAAGGUUGCUGUAAUAUUAGUAUACAGAGAGAGAGAGAGAGAGAGAGAGAGAGAGAGAGAGAGAGAGAGAGAGAGUACUAAAGUUUUCCAGCCUGUCUAAAAUUCUGUCAUAUCAAACACUUUGUUGCAUUUAGGAAGAUUAUGUACUUAUUACUCUCUAAAAGAUGGUUUAUUAGAAAAAUUUUAUAUUGUGAUUUGCAUUUGUCAUAUCAAUAAUAUUAAACAUACAUCUGAUAUUUUAUGAUGCCUCCAUGGAAAUAAAAAAAAAACAUGUUUGUUACCUGAUUUAGUGACAGCUAAUGAUGGCCAGUGAAAGUUCUACCUCUUUUGUGUCAUGGCAAGAGCUGCUUUCUCGAUAUGCCAAGUGGUCUCUGGUGUGUGUUCCUGCAGCUGUGUCAAGAUGGCCUUGCCUCCUUGUCCUAAAUACUUUUAUGGGUGAAGUAAAGGAUGUAGUGUAGAUUAUUAGGCAUUGCAAAGUUUUAUACUUCCAUAUGUUGAUCAGCAAAGAAAUGUAGAAGUUUUGAAUUUUGUGCCAGAUCUUGCAAAAAUAUCUUAGCAAGACAAAAAAUUGAUAUGUUAGUGCUUGAAAUGUAUUAGUGUUAAUCCACAAAAUAUAUAUUGAACAUUAAGUAGUAUUCCAAUUUUUUAUUUUUAUAUUUAAGUUUCAGGUUACUUAUUCAUAACUUUUCACCAUUGUCACUUGGUCAAUGUUGAGCCUCACUGUGGUGGAGUUUCCUUGCUCAUCAUGUGUCAAAGAGAGAAAAUGAGAGAGAGAGAGAGAGAGAGAGAGAGAGAGAGAGAGAGAGAGAGAGAGAGAGAGAGAGAGAGAGAGAGAGAGAGAGAGAGAGAGUUAUCUCCCUGGUCAUACUACUUUGUUUGUUGAAGUCUGGAUAUCACCUGCAUGUUUUUGAGCUCUUUGAAGUAAUAUCACUAUGUAAAGUUUUAGUUAUUGGUUCACUUAUAAGAAAUAAAGGAUUUUAUAUUUCAGUUUACUUUUUAAGUUAAAUAUUAUUAUGAAUGUGUUUUCUUGUUCCUAUAUGAAGCAAAAUUAAUUGAAUCUCUGGUGGUAUUUCAUGCCCCCCUUUUUUUUUAUGAUUGUUUAAUGAUUUCAACAUGUUUACAAAACUCAUAUGUUGUAGAGCAGCUCAAGGGAGUAAGCUGGCGUACUUAAUGAGGAAUUCCUGAUUAUUUAGAAAAUAUUUCUUUAGCAAAACUCGGCUAUCACAUGAUGCUAUUGAAAUCAUACAGGUCCAUAUGAUGUGCAGUGGAUAGGAUAGCUGAGAAUAAGAAACACCUGGACCCUCAUCACCAUCACCACUAACUUACAGCAGAAAACAUUUGCUGUUAGUUGUGGUGGUGAUACUGAUUGUAGGGGCUGCAGCCUAUGUUGCUGCAUGUUUUCAAAAAGCUUAUCCCAGGCUUUCUCUAAGAGCAAGGAACUCUUCAGUAUUAUGCUCCUAGUGUGACCUGCCUUUGUGGUUACAUAUUCUAAUAUAGUAAGUAAUGUAUGCUUUAGUAUCACUUCAAAAAAGUGAAAAAGAAAAAAAAAAGAAAAAAAAUUCAAUUGAUGUUUUGUUAAAACUUAUACUGGCUCUGUUCCAGGUACUUCUUGUAGUCAUUAUGCACAGGGAAUAUAUUAUAUUAUAGAUAUAGAUUAGAAUGUUGAUAAUACUUGUUUGUAGUAUUAUAGACUCAAUCAAGUAUCAUGUAAAUAGAAAUGUUUGCAAUUACAUAUGGACAUGAUAAAAGAGCUCAAUAUAUAUAAUGAAAAGUUUUCUUAAAAGAAAAAAAAAAAAAAAAAGGGAUGGGGAGGAAGAAGCUCAUGUAUGUAGCUUUGCUCAGUCACUGACAAUAUGAAUGUGAUAUCCCUCAAACUCUCAACUUCAGACAAUCGUCAAGUGUGAUGCUUAACUUUUCUCUGGCAGAUGGUAAACAAGGGAACUUCCCACACGGCAAGAGAUGGAUUUUGCUUACAUCAUCUGUAGAAUAUAUCUGAUAAUCUUAACAUAAUGCCAUGAAAUUAUGUGAUAAUUACAGAAGCAGUGCACUAGUUGUGGUGAGGUUUAUACAGGCUUGUGCAUAUGUUUAUUCCAGAACAAGGUCAAAAUAACAUUUUCAACAUUUUCACUUGGGUUUUCAUGUGUUAAGGUUUUGCCUUAUAAAUUUAAGUAUGUACUGUAUAAACUUUGUCACUAUAUGUAAGCACUUGUGUUGAGUGAUUGAGGGGCAAGCUACCAAUCAGCAUCAGUAUCAUUUAUACCUCAAUGCCUCAGUGCACAUUAUACAUGAACUGUAAAGGUUGUAGCUGCCUUAUGUAAACUGUAUGAUAGCUACUGAAUUCAUUCCAUUGUUGUAUAACAGUGUGGCUGUGUCCUAAUGCAUGUCCAUCACUCUUUUAGAAGUACUUCUCUUUUGUAGAACAUACAUGAAAUAGAAGGCCUGUUACUGUUUAUGGCUCACAGAAUGAAGUUAUUAAUUGAUGAUACCUGCUUUUGUCAUAAAGCUAAUUGAAAAUGAAACAUGAAAUAAAGGUUGUGCCAAAUAUGUUUGAUGAGUGAGGCUAGCCUGUGAAAUGAGUUGGUUGGUCCAUCAUAGGCUCAGUGAAUAUGCCUCACUUUUUUUCAUAGGUUUCUUGGUUUCUUAACAUAACUGUGAACUGAAAGUGGUUAAUGUAUUUCUGCUUUUGUCAGCAGGUAUGGACAUAGACAGAAUAGCAGUGACAACUAAACGCUUCAUAUCUGAGUGUGUGUGUGUGUGUGUGUGUGUGUGUGUGUGUGUGUGUGUGUGUGUGUGUGUGUGUGUGUGUGUGUGAGACACACAUUUUCUUUUACAUGCAAAAUGAGCAUGCUUUUAUAAUAAGUGAAUAAUAAGGUUUACAUAAACCUAUUUCUUGGAUAGUAAUGAGUCAUAAUUACAUUUUUUUUUUUUUUUUUUUUUUUUUUUUUUUCUUCCAGUCCUGCUGAUAUAUUAAGUGCCUCUCAAGAUGAAAUAUUUUCUUAUUCCACAUACCCUCAAGGACUAGCAUAGACAGUUUAGUGUAAGUGGGGUUCACAACUGACAGUGUUUUGAAGGGUGAAGGGAUGUGCCCUCAUCACUGGACGGCUCAUGGUGUGCAUUAUUAUAUUACAACUAAAGGUUGGAUAUCAUCCCCACUUGGCUUGGUUUGUGGUUUUACUUACAGUAUAAUGUUACUAUUGUGGUAUUUCAAGGUGUGCUUUUACUGUAAUUUUGAGAGAAGAAAUAGAAAAUUGUACUGUUUCAUGAUCAUGUGCACUGUUUUAUGAUAUAUACUGUAGAGUUAAUGAAAUUAUACAUAUUGGGUCUCACUAUUAUUUUUAAUAAGUUUGACUUGGAAUAUGUUUGCCUGGGUAUUAUUUGUGGUGAUAUUUUGGCAGGGUAACUUGAUGACAUUAACAUUUCAUGAAAUGAAUGCCAAGGAAAUAGAUUGUAUUAGUUAUAACAAGAGCUGAAGUGUUUUCAAACAUUCCCACAAGAUAUCAGACAUUUAGUUUUGAGAACUUGUUCAUGAGCACAUCUAGUUUUAUAGAUCUUGAAUAAUUCCACCUUGUGAACACAUUAUAUUUGCAGAAAAUUUAUUGAGGUAGAUAAUUAGAAUUUUCCAUUGAUGUCAGCCUCUUUACCAACUCAACUUUUGCUUCAUUGGUUACUAUCAUCCUUUGCUGUGAUUGGCUGCUGGUAGAUUGCCAGGAUGUUGGUGUACUUUUCUCUGUCACUCUCAAGUCUUGCACCUGAGUGUUUGUGUAGGUAGCUUCACUCAUUGUCAAGCAAAUAUUCAGUCUAUCUUGAUAGUAACGCCAUAAUUUUUUUUCGUCACCACAGAACUUGCAAGGAUAAAGUAGACUGAAGUUUACUGUACUUGCAUUUGGAUAUUUGUUUCUUCAAAUAGAAAUGCACAUGGCUGCUAAUACAUUACAUAAACCAUACUGGCAGACUGACAGAUCAGAACUAUAUCUUAGAUUGAAGAUCUUGUUUUAAGUUUCAGUAACAAUUUGAUGUAUACAGAGUUGUAAUGAAUAAAGUGUAACAUUGUGAUCGGAAGAGGUUGAUCCAUCUUCAGGUGAUUGUUAGUGCUGCAUUCCCCAGAUCCUCCUCUAGCAAACUGGGUCAAGCAGUUUGGUGUAUGAUCUACUACUGAGUCAUGUAGUGAGAUCACACCUGGUUGCUCUGCCUCACAAGUACAAGGAUUUCUGUUGUUUACUUUUGGUGCAGUUGUUGCUAGAUGCAAUUGUCAUGCAUUCUUGUAGGCCACAAUAUGCCUCUACUUACAAUAAAGACAAAAGUGCA